AUGAAGACCCUUCUCAUCGACAACUACGACUCCUAUACUUUCAACCUCUUCCAAAUAUGUGCGGAUGUCUUUGAAGAGGAGCCCCUGGUGUACCACAACGACGGAAUAUCUAUUGAGGGAAUCAAGCAGCUAGUCGCCGAUGGCGUGGUGGACAGCAUUAUCCUGUCGCCGGGGCCUGGCUCGCCGCUGGUGCCGUCCGAUGUUGGGGUGUGCAUGGACGUGCUGCGCGAGCUGCAGCACAUUCCCGUCCUGGGCGUGUGCCUCGGACACCAGGCGCUCGCAGCCGCCCACGGCGCGCGCGUCGUCCGCGCGCCAGAGCCGGUGCAUGGGCGGCUGAGCGCGCUGCAGCACAGCGGCCACCCGCUCUUCUCAGGCUGCCCGUCGGGGCGUGGCGGAGGGUUUGACGUCGUCAGGUAUCACUCACUGGUGGUUGCCCCAGACUCGCUGCCGCCGCAACUGCUGCCACUGGCCUGGACCUGCGCCGGCCACCACGCAGUCGCGCUCAAGGGGGAUGCUGCAGCGCCGGCGAAAGCGUCGGCCAUGGCUUCGGGCGCACGGCCGGGCGAGAGCGCUCAUGGCGCCACCAGCGGCGACGGCGACGGUGGGGAUGGCGCUGCGGGCGGCGCUGCGGAGGAGGCGGAUGCUGCUGCAGUGGCGGGAGCGGGGCGGCGGUAUGGCGGUUGCUGGGGGGACGGCGGCGCUGACGGGGGUGGUGGCCGGGAACAGGCAACGGCGGCUCCAGCGGCGGAGCUUGCGACGGUGGGGCCUGGGACGGCGUCGACAAGGCUGCGGCUGCAGUGGGCGCGGCUUCGCGGUGUCGUGGAGGCGGUGGGCGGCAGCCAGGCGCUGUUUGAGGCGCUGGCGGGCCCUGGGGGCGGCGCUGACGCGUUCUGGCUGGACAGCUCGGCAACCGAGAGGGCGCGCUUCUCUUUCAUGGGCUGCACCGGCGGCCCCCUGUGGCGGCGCAUCACCUACCGCCUGCCGCCGUCACCUGCUGCCGCGCCCGGCUCGGCGGGGCCCCAGCCGUUGCCCGGGACGCUCACAGUGACGGCGGCCGACGGCACCAGUAGUGCGGCGCCGCUGUCUGUAUGGGACUACCUCGAAUCACAGCUGGCACUGCUGCGGCUGACGGGCUGCACGGAGAGCGGCAGCAGCACCAUUAACAGCAACAGCAGCGGCGACGGUGGCGGCGGCGGCGGUGGCCUCGCUGAAGCCGCCGAGCAGCUGCCCUUUGACUUCUGGGGCGGCUUUGUGGGCUACCUAGGGUACGAGCUCAAGUCGGAGUGCGGCGGCGCCGCGGCGCACGCAGCGGCGACGCCGGACGCGGCGUGGUUCUUUGCGGACAGGGUCGUGGCGGUGGACCACCGAGCGGGGGGCGGGGGCGACGUGUAUCUGCUGGCGCUGCACGACAGCGGCGGCAAGCAGCAGCAGCAGCAGCAGCAGGAGCAGCAGCAGCAGGCAGAAGCAGGGGCAUGCUCAGGAGCCGCGGAGGCGGAAGCAGAGUCGGAGGCGGAAGCUGCGGCGGCGUGGAUCGCGCGAACCGCGCAGCUGGUGGAGCGGCUCGCGUCACACGGACGCGCCGGCGGCAGCGCGUCGGGUGCAGCUGCAACCGGAGUAGCUGCCACUGCCGUCGCCCGCACCAACGGCUGCGAGCAGGGAAAGCCGGAUCCUCUGCAUGAACAGCUGCAGCAGCAGCAGCAGCAGCAGCAGCAGCAGCAGCAGCAGGGGCGGAAUCAGCGGCAGCCCCACCACCACCCGCCGCCGCCGUUCCGCCUGCGGGACAGCCGGCGGCGCUACGUGGCCAACGUGGCGGCCUGCCAGGAGGCGCUGGCCGCGGGGGAAUCCUGCGUGGACGGCGGCAGCAGCAGCGGCGGCGGCGGCGGCGGCGGCGAUGACGUCACCGUCUGCUGCUCCUCCCCGGAGCGCUUCCUGCGCGGCGGCCGCGGCGGCCUGCUCGAGGCGCGCCCCAUCAAGGGCACCGCCCCGCGGCGCCCCGACGACCCCGCCGCCGACGCCGCGCUCGCGGCGGCGCUGGCGGGGUGCGAGAAGGAGCGGGCGGAGAACCUCAUGAUCGUCGACCUCUUGCGCAACGACCUCGGCCGCGUGUGCGAGCCCGGCAGCGUGCACGUCCCGGGCCUGAUCGAGCUCGAGUCCUACGCCACAGUCCACCAGCUCGUCUCCACGGUCCGCGGCCUCCGCCGUGCCGGCGUCGGCGCCGUCGCCGCCGCGCGCGCCGCAUUCCCGGGCGGCAGCAUGACUGGGGCGCCCAAGGUGCGCAGCAUGGCCAUCCUGGACGAUCUGGAGGGCGCGCCGCGCGGCGUGUACUCGGGCUCCCUCGGCUUCUUCUCGGUCAACGGCACGUUUGACCUGAACAUCGUGAUCCGCACCGCCGUCUUUGCGCACGGCCUCGCGCGCAUCGGGGCGGGCGGGGCGGUGGUCGUGCAGAGCGAGCCGGCGGCGGAGUACGAUGAGAUGCGGCUCAAGGCGGCCGCGCUGCUGAGGGCGUUUGGCAUGUGCGACGCCGGCGCGGCGGCCGGUGGCGGAUCAUCCGCCGUGGCGGCCCCGGUAGUGUUGGGCGAGGCGGACGAGGAGGAGGGGAAGGAGGAGGAGGUUCAGGGCAACGCGGCUCGGGCGAAGCGUGCGUCGUGA